GGCUGCCUUCAAGGCUAUUCUUGACUCUGUUGGGUCCCUGGUGUUCCCACCAGCUGGUGCUGCUCUCCUGCUGGGGCGGUGCAGGAUUAUGCCCAAGGUGGAGUUUGGGCAUGGGAUGGAGUAGCACAGGGAGUAGUGAAAACAGGAGAAAAAAUGGUUGUUAGUGAUAUUGGGCCUGGACAAAACUAGGUGAUGGUAAUGCAUAUGGGGAAACAAGGGUAUCUAAUUCAGAUGUGGAGCACAAGUCAACAGUGUUUGAUUGCUAAAGGAGUGGGUGGAUUAAAAAAUCUUGUAAGGAAAAAUAAAUUAAUAGAUUGAACCCUGUAAAAUUGAUAUUUGCCUAUUUUUGACCUAUUAAAAUGGCAAAUUUGUAUGGUUUAAAUAUAAAUACAUAUAAGCCCAGAGAUAAACUACAUGUUGCUUAUAUUUUACUCCUAUUUUCUAGGUUUAUUUUUAAAAUGCAUUUUCUAUACAUUUUCUUUUGUAGCCUGUUUUUUAAAUUAAAAAUUUAUUUUGAACAUUUUUCCAUGGUAUUGUUUUUCUAUGUGUAAGUAAGGUUGAACGGCUUUCUCAAUUGAUGUAGCAUGAUUAAUUUAUUUCCUCAUGGUUGGAGUUUAGUUUAUUACCUAUCUAUAAAAAGUGAUAUAAUAUUUAUCCCAACAGGUAAAUAUUUUAGCUCAUCUGGUUUUCUUUACUUAAGAAAAAUGUCUUGUAGUAGGAUGUUUGGUCAUGUGGCAUUUUUGAAUAUUUGCUGUGUGUUUUAAAAUUGUGUUCUGGAGAAGAUGCAUUAAUUUGGACUCUGAAUUGCAGGCAAUGAGAAUUUCUGUUUCCUCAGGGCCUCACCCAUAAUAUUUUAUUAGUUUAUUUUAAACGUUGACAAUUUUCUACAAAUAAUAACACAAUAUUCUUUUAUUUAUAUUUAUUCGCUUACUAGUGUGUUUGAGUGUUCUUCAUAUGCUUUUCGGCUAUUUGGAUUUUUUUACUUUGUCCAUAGUCUUUGUGUUUUGUUCAUUUUAAUAUUAGAUUUUCAACAUUAUACUGAACAACAUUUUCCUUUAAAAAAAUGUAUCUGGAAGGUAUAAAUUUUUUUAUACUGAAGAGUGCCAGUUUUUACUGCAUGUUUUGUGCAUAUGGAAGCAUGCAUAGAAAGUUUUUCUCAUAAAAAGGACUAUCUAAAAAUAAGCCUAAAAUUUCUUCCAUUUCUGUCUGUUGUGUAUAUUUAAAUAUCCAUUCAAAACUCAUUUUUAUUAAAGCUGUAAGGUCAGUAACUCAUUUUACUUUUGCCAAGGAGAGUAAGUUGUGAUAUGCUGUCUUUAUUUCUUCUACACCCUCUAUUACCUUCUUCACUGUGUAGCUACUGUAAGCUUUUUAAGGCACAAAUAUUAUUUAUUUUACUGUUCAGCCCUAGUGGCUUUCUGUCACCUCUAAGAUGUAGAUCAAAUUCUUAACACACACUAAUAAUGUUUUUCUUGUCCAAAGUCAUACUGUUCUUCUAUUUAUUCCAAAUUUUUCUGUUUCUUCAUGCUUCUAGGUUUUCUCCAUGCUGUUUCCUCUGCCUAUGUUACUCUACAUCCUCUUCCUCAAUUAAUUAACUUCUACUCAUCGUUUAGAUCUUAGCACAAUCACAGUCUUCCAGACCAGGGCAGGUAACACUGUAAUGAGCUCUCAUUUUUUCAUAGCACUUAGUUUUUCUUGUUCACAUCACUUAUCUCCUUUAUACUCACCUAGUUACACGAAGUUAUAUGAAUAGAUAUUUCAUGUCUAGCUUCACCAGCAAACAGCAAAAUACAUGAAAGUAUAGUCUGUGUUUCAUCCCAGAAGGCGACACAGUACUUGGUUCAUAGAAGGUAUUCAUGGUAGUUGCUCAAUUAAUAUUCUUAAAAGAAUAAACUAAUGCAUUUCUUGUUCAGAAACUGCCGUGAUUGUUGGUGAUAUUUCUUUAAUAUCAACAUUUAAAGCCAAAUGGCAUCUGGUUCUUUCAACAACUGUGGUUCAUCCCUUUAUAAUAUUUUUCUUUGUUCCUUUCAGGUAACACGGACAAAUCAAUGAAUAAAACAAAUUAUCCUGUGGUGUCUGCAUUUGUGUUCCUGGGACUUUCUACCUCUAGACCAACACAGCACUUCCUGGUUACCUACUCUAUCAUUUUAGAUAUAUCAGUUGUUCUAGGGAACUUCCUUGUUGUGUUUCCAGUGACCUUUGAGCUUCAUUUACAUUCCCCAUGUACUUCCUGUUAGUCAGUUUUUCAUUCAUUGAUUUGUGUCUUUUAGGAAAGAACAGACAAUGUCGAUGUAUGAAGCAAAUUACUCUGAAGUGUCUGAAUUUGUGUUCCUGGGACUUUCUACCUUUAGACCAAUGCAGCAUUUCCUUCUUACCUUCUCUACAGUGUUUUAUGUGACAAUUGUUCUGGGAAACCUCCUCGUCGUGUUUACAGUGAUUUUUGACUCUCAUUUGCAUUCUCCUAUGUACUUCCUGUUAGCCAACCUCUCAUUUAUUGAUUUGUGCCUUUCUACCUUGACGGUUCCUAAGAUGAUCUCUGAUCUGUGCUCUGGGCAGAAUGCCAUAUCAUUCCAGGGAUGUGUCAUCCAGAUUUUUGUACUUCAUGUUCUGGGUGGAUCAGAGAUGGUGCUGCUCAUAGCCAUGGCCUUGGACCGUUAUGUGGCCAUAUGUAAACCCCUUCACUACCUGACCAUCAUGAGUCCACAGAUGUGCAUUUGGCUUUUGCUUGGCGCUUGGGUUAUUGGUCUCAUUCACUCAGUGGUCCAGUUAACUUUCAUCAGACAUUUGCAUUUUUGUGGCCCUAAUGAGAUAGACAGCUUUUACUGUGAUCUACCUCGGUUUAUCAGACUUUCCUGCACAGAUACCUACAACCUGGAGUUCAUGGUUACUGCCAACAGUGGGUUCAUUUCCAUGGGAACCUUCUUCUUAUUAAUUUUCUCCUAUAUUUUCAUUCUGGUCACUGUAUGGAAACGUUCUUCAGGUGGUCUAUCCAAGGCCCUCUCUACCUUGUCAGCUCAUAUCACUGUGGUGGUUUUGUUUUUCGGACCUUGGAUAUUUUUCUAUGUGUAGCCACUUCCCACACUACCAGUAGAUAAGUGUCUUUCCAUUUUGGACUUUUUGAUUACACCUAUCUUGAAUCCUGGCAUCUACACAUUGAGGAACAAGGACAUGAAGAUGGCAAUGAAGAGACUAAGUAGUCAGUUCCCCAGUUUAAGAAAGAUCUCGUAAUGAAAGUACAAGUUACUUUGUGUGUUUCCAAACCACAUCAAGUAACACAAAUACUUAAACAAUUAUGCAAAGUUAGGAACUUACCUGACAGAUAGUCCAAGUGUUUGAUUUAUAGACAAUCUUAUUGAAUCAAGUGUGUUACUUGUUUAAAUUCAGGAGGAAAAUAUCUCAGAUUGUUUUCUCCAAAGUUAAUAAUUUAUUUAAUUACUUAUUUUAAUUGCUCAUUUAUUAGGCUAUUUUUGUGUACUUUCAUACUUUCAAGUACUGAAAACACACAUUCUUUUUGUGUUGUCUAUGUUUUUAAUAGUCCACAGAUGGCACUGGAAAGUUUUCAAAAUAUUCAGACCAUAGUACUCUAGUCACAUAACUAGUAGUGGUUUCUGUUAUUCUCCUCUAUUUA